AUGUACGGCAAACGCCUCUGGAUCCACAACUCCGCGGACCCGGAACGACCGUCCAACUCAGCCGGAGUAGCUUUCGUACUAAACAGAGAUGUCGUCAGCACAAAAAGCUGUAAUGUAACAACGAUUGAGAAAGGACGAGCCAUAGCCAUUACACUGCCCUGGCACGACCGAGACACGGUCACUCUGCUGAACGUAUAUGCCCCGAAUGAACCAGGAAGACACGCGGCAUUCUGGGGACGCAUCGAACGAAUGAGGAGAGAAAACGAAAUUCCCCAAGUAGACUUCAUGCUGGGAGACUUCAACAUCGUAGAAGACGACAUAGACAGGGCCCCGCCCAGGGCGGAACUCGACAGCGCAGCAACAGCACUCCGAGAUUGCAGGCGAACGCUGAGGGUAUAUGAUGCAUGGCGAGCGGAGAACCCUGCGACGAGGAAUUAUACAUUCAUCAGUAGGGCGACGGGCUCCAUGUCGAGACUAGACAGAAUCUACGUAGCGGAGAAACGGCGCACGAGCGUCUUCGAGUGGGUGUGCCAAACCCCCGGUGUAGUGACUGAUCACAGAAUAGUAUGGAUGAAGUACGCACCGACGACAAUGCCUUAUAUGGGGCCCGGAAGAUGGACGUGGCCAUCCGGACUCACGAACGAAACACACACCAUAUCGUCCGUAGAAAAGAUAGGAAUGCGCCUCCAAGAGAACCUAAACAGACUGCGCGGAGAAGGACGCACCGGAGAAAGGAACCCGCAAACACUCUGGCAGGAAUUCAAAGACAGGACCGCCGAGAUGGCGGCCCUACUAACGGGGGCGGCCCUAUCGCGGACGAGCAGGAAGCUAGCAAGCAAAGAGUAUGCUCUUGCGACGGAAAUGAACCGAGAGGAAGCGGGUUUGGAGGACGGAACGGAACCGAGACGGAACAUAGCCCUGAUGGAG